AGAUUAAUCCGAGAAAAUGAGGCGAUAAAGCUUGAAAUGAGAUGUCAGAUGAGGCAAAAAUUGAGGAUUCAGGAAAGAAAGAGAUAAACUCAUCGCGAAAAUGGCCAAGGAAGAGAGCAGCAAUCCGAAAUCCAGAUGGUCUCUUACCGGAAUGACCGCCCUCGUCACCGGCGGCACUCGCGGCAUCGGGCACGCAAUUGUGGAGGAACUAGCCACACUAGGGGCCACAGUGUGCACCUGUUCGCGAAACGAAGCCGAGCUGAACCGUUGCUUGCAAGGGUGGGCCGCUAAAGGCUUUUCGGUUUCCGGUUCGGUUUGCGACGCGUCGUCUCGGCCGCAACGAGAGCAGCUGUUUGAUAAAGUCUCCUCUCUCUUCAACGGCAAGCUCAACAUACUUAUAAACAAUGUCGGCACGAACAUCAGGAAGCCAACUACAGAGUAUACUAGUGUAGAAUACUCUAUGCUUAUGGCUACCAACUUUGAAUCCGCAUACCAUCUUUGCCAACUAGCAUAUCCUCUUUUAAAAGUUUCUGGGGUUGGAAGCAUCGUGUUUAUUUCAUCUGUCGCUGGUCUGGUGCACAUUGGUUCUGGAUCCAUUUACGCCGCAAGCAAAGGUGCAAUGAAUCAGCUUACAAAGAAUUUGGCAUGUGAGUGGGCGAACGAUAACAUCCGCUGUAACUGUGUUGCACCCUGGUAUAUCAGAACCUCACUUGUUGAACAUUUGCUGGAUAACGAAGAGUUUCUGGAUAAGAUGAUAUCUAGAACUCCUCUUAAACGCCCUGGAGAGCCGAAGGAAGUAUCGUCUUUGGUGGCAUUCCUUUGCAUGCCUGCUUCAUCAUACAUCACUGGACAGAUUGUUUCGGUCGAUGGUGGAAUGACUGCGUUCAGUUUUUCAGUUAUUUAGGCAGAAAGAACUGCAAAAUUUUGCCACUGGCACUACACAUGUUGAAUUAUAUUAACACUGCAACGUGUCCCUAGUGAUUUCGUCCGUUUGAUCUGAUUUUGUUGGGAACUUUCGUGCUUCAAAAUGCAAUUUCUAUGGCUAGUGAGGUGAAAUGGUGUAUUUUCAAAA